UCAGCAAGCACGACCAGCGGGAGUACGACGACCAGCGUGCUCUGGAGAUCCACACGGCCAAGGACUUCAUCUUCUCCAUGCUGGUGUCUGAGAAGCAGGCGGCGGUUCGCCUCACCGCAGCGCUGGAAUGCGUUCGGCAGCCUGGAGCCGGCUGGAGUCCUUUCAGCUCCGGACCCGACCAAUCCGGUCCAUCUGCAGACUCAAUGACCCGUCCAGACUCAUCGGGGGUCCCAGAGAGGGGCCACCGGCCACCCUUAGAGAAACGCCUCCAAAAGCAGGGCUGGACCCAAACUGACCCAAAAGGAAACAGAGUUAGUUCUGACUUAUGAAUGGGACUGAUGGUUUUACCUCCUGAUGGCGCUGAUGAGACGGGAGAAUCCCUCUGUCCAGCCACUAAUCCUUCAGAUCCUGCAGGAUGGAAGAUCUUAGAAAGUCGGUUAUUUCUCGUUAAAUUUGCUGCAUUUGUUAGAAAAUGAAUCUGUGGAUUUUGGAGCAAACUGGGACAAACGGCACCAGUCCGGGACAAACGGCACCAGUCCGGGACAAACGGCACCAGUCUGGGACAGACUGGGACAAACGGCCCCUUGUUGCUCCGUGUACAGACCGGCUGCCCCGCACCAUUAUGCUGCCUCCAACCAGUGCUGCUCUGCAUUGGUUGGAGGAUUUGGUAAUGGUUUUAUAGCUGUGUUGGUGGCUAUAGAGUGUCAGUGGGUCCAGUGGGUCCACUCUGCUCGUUGACCCACCGACACAUUUUCUUACCAAAUGCAGCACCACUUCAGUGAAGUUAAAAGUUUUCUUGUUUUGAAAGAUUUACUGCAAAGGAAUUUUCAACCAAACGGGAAAUUCCUUCUAGCUCUUUCUUUGGCUCGUCCUUCGACCCAUGGGUUGCCGGUUUCAGACGCCGGCCCGUCCGUCUGUCCCGUUGUGCGAUUGGACACGUUGCCUACUGGUGGUGGUCAGAAGGUCAGAGGGCAACCUUGCCUUUGUCCCCAGAGCAGCUGUGGCUACUGUCCAGUAGCUUCCCACCAUCAGUGUCUCCUACUGGAGAGUUGAGGGUUUUUCCUGGGGUCACUUCCUCAGUGACGUACAUGACUUUAGAUUAAACACAACGUUGCAGUAAGUUACUUCUGUCUGUUUGUUUAUUCCUGCGCCAGCACAGAGUAUUUUCACCAAAAGUACAUUUUAAACUCUCGGAAGCCUUAACUAUUCAUAGCCUUUAACCCUCCACCUGUUGAAGAUUUGUCUGGCCAGGUUUCAGGUGAUUGGCUGGAGAAGAAUGGUUCAGAAACUGGACCAGAAGCUCCCAGUGGCCAAUGAGUACCUACUCCUUUCUGGAGGCGUUCGGGAAGGUGUGGUGGACAUGGACCUGGAUGAGCUCAGUGUCUACGCCCGCGGCACAGACUACGACAUGGACUUCACUCUACUGGUCCCCGCACUUAAACUCCACGACCGGAACCAGCCGGUGACCCUGGACAUGCGGCACUCGGCGCUGGGCCACUCCUGGCUCAGCCUACGGCUCUUUGACGAAGGAACCAUCAACAAGUGGAAGGACUGCUGCACUGUCGUCGAUCACAUCAACGGGACCACCAACUACUUCUUCUCCCCAACACUGGUGGCCGACUGGUUCUACCAGUCCAUCUCUCUUGUGCUGCUGGAGGUGCAGAAGAAGCCACAGAGAGGGAUGCCGAGGGUGGAGAAGGUGGAUCGGAACGGGACCAUCAUCUCCGUCAUCCUGGGGGUCGGCAGCAGCCGGAUGCUCUACGACAUCGUCCCGGUGGUGUCGUUUAAAGGCUGGCCUGCGGUGGCCCAGAGCUGGCUGAUGGAGAACCACUUCUGGGACGGGAAGAUCACAGAGGAGGAGGUGAUCAGCGGCUUCUACCUCGUCCCCGCCUGCUCCUACAAAGGCCGCAAGGAGAACGAGUGGCGCCUGUCGUUCGCCCGCAGCGAGGUUCAGCUGAAGAAGUGCAUUUCGUCGAGCCUGAUGCAGGCGUACCAGGCCUGCAAGGCCAUCAUCAUCAAGCUGUUGUCCCGGCCCAAAGCCAUCAGUCCCUACCAUCUGCGCAGCAUCAUGCUGUGGGCCUGCGACCGUCUCCCAGCCAACUAUCUGGCUCAGGACGACUUCUCCGCCCACUUCCUGCUGGGCCUGAUUGACGACUUGCAGCACUGUCUCGUCAACAAGAUGUGUCCCAACUACUUCAUCCCUCAGUGCAACAUGUUGGAGCACCUGUCCGAUGAGACGGCCAUGCUGCACGCCCGCAAACUGUCCUCGGUGCGCUCCGACCCGGCCGAGCACCUCCGCACCACCAUCGAGCACGCCAAGGCCGCCAACAGGUUGACGGUGGAAGUGCAGUGGCGAGGCAGCUCCACCAACCUGCCGUCGCCGCAGUCCGACGCCGGCGGUGAGAACCAGCCUGACGAUCGGCUCGCCAAGAAGCUUCAGCAGCUGGUGACGGAGAAUCCUGGGAAGUCCAUCUCAGUGUUCAUCAACCCGGACGACGUCACGCGGCCGCACUUCCGCAUCGACGACAAGUUCUUCUGAGACUGAGACGUUCCCCUCCCCUCUCCUUCACCCGGUGACCCUGCCUCUGAAACUUUCUUUUUUUAACUUUUUUUAUGUUUCCUGCCACAAAGUGAAGUGAUUGUCUAGUAAUCUGCCACAGUUUCUUAUUUUUAGUUUUAUUUUUCUACUCCCUUCCCCUCUGCCCUGGUUUUUCACUGUGUGCCCUGUGUUUUUUACCUUCUCAAUGCCUUUUAAACUGACAGCUUGUUCUUAAAACUGAAGGAAGGGACUGAAAUCCACCUCCUGAUCCGAGUGCUGGUCCUGAAAAAUGUUGAGACUUAUCAGGGAUCCUGGAAAAGAGACAAACAUCAAUUUCCUGAAUAAAUCCGGUGUAUUUUGGGUUCUCUUGAUUGGAGACGUAAAAGCUCCGUUGUUGAGUGAAUAACUGGGGCAGAAGUUGUUGUGUUGUCUUGGAACCAGGAGUGGACCCUGCAGAGAUCCUGUGACGGUGGAUUCAGUCCCUCUGAGGAAUGUCUUGUCCCUGCUGGGGGACGACGGUACUAAAGUCUUAGAAACUAACUGUAAAUAAGUAGAAGAAAAACUGACUGAAGAGUGUAGAAGGACGGAAAACAUACUAAUGUUAAUUUGUGGGCUACUUUUCGUCUAAUUUUGCACAGAAUGUAAAAAUCACCUCCUUUCCUCCUGAUUGUGGUUUUAAAUUGAACUGAAUGUGAGCGGAGAGGCGACACUGUGCCGAUGGAGCUGCUGUCACUUCCACCGCGUUUCCUCUGAAAAUCUGGUUCAUGUUGCGUUUCUUUGUGUUGUGAAGAACAAACAGCAGGAACCUUCAGACAGACGCUGGCCUCUUCCACUUUCAUAUGCUUUAAACUUGCAGAAGGGGGAGCUAGUGAGCCUAGUGCUGCAGUAGUGAAGUGUUGGCCUGCAGCCGCCUGGUUAGGACGUGCUAGGCGGCUAACGUUGUAGCAGGUGUGGCAUUUAAAUGGCAGCUCUUCUUCAAUGCAACAUCACCAGUUUAUUCAACUCCCAUAAGACGGAGAACGUGAAGUAACUCCGAAGCUACACAAGAACAGCGUUUACACCAAUGAUCAAAACCACCUGGAUGCUAACUGUUGAACUCCAGCUCAUAUAGCAGCGCCAUCUGGUGACCAAACACAUAAAACGCAUAUUUGACUCCUACAGAGAGAUAUCUGUGACCCAAAGCUCUCAACCUCGGUGUAAAACUUACACUAAGGUACCUGAAGUUUUUGACAUUUACGCGACCAACAACCGCUAGCUGCCGCUAACGUUUCCUCAUCGGCCACCGACACAAGAAUGCUCCUCCCGUGACACCGCCGUGAUUUCUGUUUCCCGUUACGCUCAGCGUACGCUCAGUCGCUGCUGUGAAUCUUUAGAAAUGUAUCGGGGUCACUCUCAUGACUUCUGCAUUUUCAGCUGGACUCCUUCAGUUAGUGGCUGCAGUACCGAAUGGACCAAAACCGUCCAGUUAGGUGAGUCGGUACCAGCAGACGCCUCAGUAGGGACACCUGGUGGUUGGUCAGGUAAAUGAAGUCCACUCUGCUGUUGUCACAAUUAACUUGUCAAUUAAAAAAUGCAAGAAUAUUACAGAGGGGAAAUGCCUGGAGAGUCAAAACCAGACCGGUUUCCAUGGCGACUUCCUGCAUUUCAGUGACAGUUCGUUAACAAGUGAAGCUUUAAACAGGAGCUAAAUCUAAAACUCUGUUUUGUUGAACGUUGAGUGUCAGAAGCUCCUGGUGGAGAUCUGACACGUUAAACUCUGAGCUGAAGCUGAGUGGACAGGAAACCGACUUCCUGUGACCCGUUUAAACUGAACCAUGGUUCUGCUGGGAAGAAUGACUGACAUGGAGAUCCAAACAGCUUUCACAAAAAUCCCCUCAUGGUCUUAACAUUUUUACUAAACUUUGUGAACAGAUCAGCGAAUCGUCUGCAAACGUUUUUACAUUCAUAGCAGCUGAAACAUUUUGAUGCUUUUUUAUCCUCAAUAUCAGGUCAAUGUCACAAAUACUUCACCUCUAAUAUAUCAGAGUGACCUUUGACCCUGGAGUUACAUCUUAUCAGCACAUGUGACUCUCCUCUCGUCUUCUCGAUGUUUUUCCAGAACCGGUGACACAGUUUGAUAUCAGUUCUGCUGUUAGUAAGAUCAUGUGUUUAAGCAAUAACUUCUGUAGGUUAAGCAGAACAGAACCGGUUUAAUUCGGGUUUAGGAGUUUCUGGAUGAGUUUUCCUGGGUUUGGUUCCGGUUAGUGUGAAAGUGGAAGAGUCCGUCGGCUCAUCUGUCAGGUGGACCUGCCGGAUGACGGUCCUGCAUCGGCUACAGGGUCGCAGGUCGCCGCCUCCACAUGGAUGGUCACUUGAUUCAGGAACUUCCUGUUUGAUAAGCUAACUCUUGUCUCCAGCUGCUUCUUUGUGUUUAAAGCGACGGGUCGGGUCCGGCUGCUUCCCGGCCGACCCGCUCCCACAUUGGCUGUCUGUCCCGAACAUCACCACCAAAACAAGAGGCUUCUCCUGCGGCCGUCGGGCCGGUUAUGUCGUCUCCACAUAUCCUCAUCCUCAAGUGCAAUUAGUGAAUGUACACAAAGACACGUAGCAUGAAGACACUCCAGGUCUGAGCUGCUCAGCUCCUCCACUGACUCACUCAGAGGCCCUGAAGCCAUCAAAGUGCCACACACACACACACACACACACACACACUCUCCUGCUCGGUGGAAAUGUCGUCGGUGUUUUCUGACCCGGUCUCCUGUUGGGCUGUGACUCUUUCUGUUCUGUGUUUUGCUGCUUCCUGCUGAUGAUGGAUUUUAGUUUUGAACUCAGAUGGUUGAGAACUUCCUGCACUGUAACACCAGAGUCCUCAUAAACACGUCUAACCUGAACGCACCGCCUCUGCUCCUCUCUCCUCUGUUCGGUUGACUCUUAUUCAUAAAUCAUAACUUAACCAGAAAUGUUUAUUUUUUAAUAUCGCUGCCUCCUUUAAAUCUCCUUAUGAUUCUAAAACCCAACUAAGAAAAAACUGAUGUUUUUAAAUCCAGACAUGACAAAUGAAGAUUUUCCAUGGAAUAAUUACGUUCAAUUACAAGAAAUAUUUACUCAGAUCUGUUUCUCUUAUCAGGUUGGAAACCUGAUUUUGUUUUAUUUUUUUUACAUUUUCACAAAAAUCCAUUAAAAAAAAACUUUAAAAAAAUCUUCAUUUUGUUUCAAUGAAGAUAAACUUUAUUAUACUAUACAUAUAGAAAAUAAGACUAAAACUACAGGCUCAAGAGCAGAACCCUGUGGAUCUCCGUUUUUAAUAGACUGUAUGGAAAAAUGUUCCCUAACCUGCAGAAGCAGCUUUGAAACUUGAAAUCUAGAAAUGUGGAUUCCUGCGGGUCUCUGGUGCUUCACCAGGUUUUAUUUCACAGAGCAACAAAGAGAAAACGAAAAAUGUUCUCCAGAAAAGUCAUGAUAACAAAUGUUAGGAUUGUUUAGGAAAAUAUACAAUAAGGAUGAGAAAGAGAAAAAUCUGGAGUCAGAUCAGCUCAUUUUAGUUAUACUAAAAAUUUCAGACAUAAUAAGCAUUUGUAAACAUAACUUUUAGCAUAUCGUCUCCUGCUCACCUUUACUAAUCAUUAAUAAACAGUUAUUAAUGAUUUCUAAAGCCCUUGCAGAUGAACUGAUAAACUAUUUAUCCUUACAGUAAAUUAGUACUGAUUUCUUUUUAAAGGAUUCAGAAGGUAAAAUAAAUAAGGAUAGAAAACUUUUCAUACUUGCUGAACAUGGUUUAUGGGAAACCUGUGACUUCUUUUGAUUGGUUUAAAAGCAGACACGUGACCUGGUUCCUGAUCUCAGUCGGGUGUUGUGGUUUGCUGUAGUUUCGUCUGACUGCCGCCAGGGGGCAGCAGUGAGCGCAGCAGCUCCUGAAGAUUUUCUGUCCAUUUUGUUUCUUAUUUUUACAUUUUUCUUCCUCUAUUUCUAUUUUUAUAGUUUUAUAUUGGAAGCCGUCAUGAUGAAUAAAGAACCUGGAUGUCUUUCAGCUUCAGGAUGAUUUUUAGUUUCUCUAGUUUCUGUUUUUAGUUUUCCUCUCUGGUAACACUUCCUGUUUGUCUUUUCCUUUCUUCCUGCUUUUCAAUCAUUUUCUCUCCUACAUAAUUAAUUUCCAUCUUCUCUUUUUUCCUGCUGUUUUGUGAUAAUUUAACUUUUUAUUUUCUUAUUUUUAUUUAUUUUGUCAUCAUUUUCUUUUUUGUUUAGUCUUUUUUGUUUCUCUGCUUUUCUUCCUUUUCAUUUUCCGUAUUGUCUCACCCCUUCAUUUCUUCUCUCCUCCGUUCUUCAGCUGUUUCUUUUAUUUUUACACUAUCAGUUCAUUUCGCUGUCGGUUUCCAGAUUUAUUCAGAUUUAUGUUCUUUCUCACAGAAACUCAGAAUUUAAUGUUUGGUUGAUUUUGUUUCUGUUUUUAUGACACUUCUUGGCAGUAAAUCUAAUAAUUCAUGAAAGUCUGAUUACUCCUACCUAAACGUUGUUAACACACCGGCUGACUUGUGCUUUAAGACUGGAGCUGGUGUCCCACAACAGUGUGUGACCAGUAUUAUUAUUUCUAAUAAGCAAAGAAAUAAUGAAUUUUCCCACAUUUUUUCUCUUAUUUUAAUGUGUUAAUUCUCGGGUCAUUAUUCUUUUAUUCAUUUUUUUCAGCUUCCAUCCUAAAGUUUCUUACUUCCUGUUCUCUGAUUCUGCUUCCUGUUUUCUCCUGAUUCAGUUGUUUUUCCCUCCAGCUUCCUGUCGUCUCAGCACCUGUCCUCCACCUGCUCUCCGCCUCUCUCCGUCCUGCUGCGUUUAUGGCUGAGCUCGUUGCCGUGCCAACGGGAAACCAUCCAUCAUCCUAACAUGCUGAAAGUACAAAGCGCUCAGAGAAAAGCCCUGACGCUGUACAGAAACAGAACCUUCUCCAGUUUGUUUUCCGUCCUGUGAUCCAGAUUUCCCAGUGAACCUCGUUAGCUCCGUAGCGAGUUGAGGCUGUUUUGGACUUUAGCUGCUUUUUCACUUAAUUUCACAUCAACUGAACAUUUACAGAGGAAUUAUUUGAGUAUUUAACCCGGCGAACUCUGACCUCUCAGUGAUUCAGGCUACAUUCCCACCAGCCCAGUUCAGUCACUUUAACCCGACUCCGGUCCCUCAGGCUAUAAACUCCGGUCCGUUUGGUGAGGUGUGAAUGCUAAUCGACCUGUGACCUCUGACCUCUGGUCUGGUUUAAACUAAUUUGAAUAAUAAACUGAUUGAUAACUGGGAUCAGUUACUGUAAUGGUUUUUAUUUUCUCAAGACGACACUUGUGAACAUAAAUAAACUGAACUGAAAACAGA